AUGAAAUCUAAGUAUAAUCCUUAAGAAAAAAAACUGACGGUAACUAUCAUAAUGAUUAACUAGAAUAUUUCUUAUGAUUUGAAUUCAAAUAACAAACCAAAAUAUUAUAUAUCGAACACAACAUGCCAUAAAGAAAACCAAAAGUUUUUUAAUGGUAGCAAUAUGUCACCAUUAGUUGUUGAAUCAUCUACUCCAAGAAAAAGACUUAUAUCUGGCAAACGAGUUAGUAUUCUUAAUUCUAAAUUAGACCUAGCAAAAAGCGAAUUGUUCUAAUAAUAACUCAAACAAUAAAAUUUAAAAUAGAUAGAAAAAAUCAUCAUCCAAUUAGAGAACUAAUUUAACUGUUAAGACUGGAUCAUCGAUUGAAGCACUUAAGGAAUUAAUGGGGAAAAGUAUUAUUAUAAAUUAAUUAGGUAACUUGAAAUAACUAUUACAAAUUAAUACAGAUAAAUUCAAGAAUACAAAAGAAAUAUCAUUCAUAGAGACAAAAAAGAGUAAUUCAAGUGAAUUUGGAUAUGACAAUAGAUUCAAUAAACAUUUCUAAUAAUAUAAUUAAUAUGGUACAAAAACAACAACAAAUAAGUCAGGAUCAAAGGAUAGAACUACAUUAUAAGUAAACAAUAUCAUAAUUUUUUAGAAAGUAUUUUCAAAAAUAAUUGAUCAAGAAAAAUCUGUGUCCCCAUCCAAAAAGGUUGAUUGGAGCAAAAUCAAAUUGCCUAUAACACCAAAAGAAUGUAUAUAAUAAUUUGGAUAAUAUUUGACUGAUUUUGAGAAAUAGGAAAUUCAUGGAUUUAGUAGAGUACAAAUACAUAAUUUAUUAGUUUAGAUUUAUUGUAUAGGAAUUACAUCUAAAAAGAUAGAUCAAAAAUAAUCAAAUUGCAAUGACGGCUUUGAUGAUUCAAAUGGUGAGUAUUUGUUUUCACUCAACGAUCACAUCGGAUACAGAUAUGAGAUUUUGGAGAUAGUUGGUAAAGGUAGUUUUGGAUAAGCAUUCAAAGUCUUUGAUCAUAAGAGAUAAUAAGUUUAAUGCUUAAAGAUUAUAAGAAACAAAAAGAAGUUUACAAAUUAGGCUCUGGUAGAAUUAAAUAUAUUAACAUAUAUCAAGGAGAAGGACGAAGAGAAUGUAACAAAUAUUGUAAAAAUCAAGGAUUUUGUAAUUUUUAGGAAUCAUGUGGUAUGUUUAUCUAAUUUUAUAUAUUUUAGUGCAUCUCCUUUGAAUUUUUGUCGAUAAAUUUGUAUUAGUUGAUAAAGAACAAUAAUUUUCAAAGCUUAUCCUUGGAGCUAAUAAGGAGAUUUGCAAUUCAAAUUCUAAAUGCGUUGAAUUUUCUAAACAAACAUAAAAUCAUCCAUUGUGAUUUAAAACCUGAGAAUAUUUUAUUAAAGUAAGAAAACAAAAGUGGGAUUAAAAUCAUAGACUUUGGCAGUAGUUGUUUCGAAAAUUAAAAGAUUUACUCUUAUAUUCAGUCAAGGUAUUAUAGAGCCCCUGAAAUAAUGUUUGGUAUCCCCUAUGAUACGAGCAUCGAUAUGUGGAGUUUUGGAUGUAUUAUGGCAGAGCUAUAUUUGGGAUACCCAAUAUUUCCAGGAGAUGAUGAAUAAGAGCAAAUUGCAUAUAUUUUAGAAAUCCUAGGUAUGCCAGAUAACGAACUCUUAGAAGUAAAUAUAUCAAAGUAUGAAAGAUCGCCUAAAGAAGAAAGGUUUUCUUUAAUGACUUUCCCCCUUAUUAACCGCUGUGUAUGUAAAAUAAAGGAGCUAAAUUGAAGAUACCUGGAAGCAAAACAUUAUCGGCGGUCUUAUAAUGUAAGGAUGAAAAUUUUAUCGACUUCUUAAAAUAAUGUUUAGUUUGGAAUCCGAAAAAUAGGAUCAGUCCAAUCAAUGCUCUUAUGCAUGUUUGGAUACUUGACGGAUUACCUAGCCAAAUUAGAGCUUAGCAUGUCUAAUAUCUAGAAAGCUAAUUACAAUACAUGGAUGUCAAUUAUAAAAAAUAAGAAACUAAUUUCAAACAAGGUUAAUAGGGAUAAUAAAAAUUACCUAUCCAUCACAUCUCAGAGCCAGAGAUGAAUUAAGAAAAUAAAGUAUUUUAAUUUAUCAUAAUUUAGAAACCUAAUCAGAUUAGAACCUUUUCAAGAGAUAAAGAGUUAUUGCUUAAUAUUUCAUAGAACCCUACUCCAAAUAAUAAGAAGAUUUCUUAGUCUUUUCAUUCUAGCAAAAACAGCAAUAAACAAUAAUUGAAUUUUAUUCAAUAAUUCCCUGGAACUACAAAAUAUACUAACAAGAAAACUCAUUAUUUUUAUUGA